AUGACCAAAUAUUUAGCUCUUUCUUUCUUUUUGUCCAAAAUCAUCGCUAUAAAMCCUGUUGAAGUACGUGGACAAAGUGAUGGCAUUACGUUUGGAAAUUUCAUUCAAUUUCAAGGUCAUAAACUCUUUGGUACUGCAAUGAAAAAGCUGAAGAUAAAAUCAUCUUUUGAUUGCUUAAUUUUGUGCAGUGCAAACGUUCGAUGCAUUUCUUCAAACGUGAACACAACAAGUGACAUUGCUGGCUUGUUGGAGUGUGAAUUGUUGGACUUUGACAAGAAUGAAUUACAGCGACAACUUACCAAAGUAACAGAAGUGGAUCAUUACGCUUUGCCAGAGAAGACCUUAGUACCUGCUGARGGCUGUUUCGCCAUUGACAAACAAAAACCAAGUGACGUCUACCGUAUSAAACCUAGUCUUUCUCCGUCAUUUCUUGCCUAUUGUGACAUGGUAACCAAUGGUGGAGGAUGGACAAUCUUYCAGAGACGUCUCGAUGGCUCAGUUGAUUUCUACCGUGGCUGGCAMGACUAUAAACAAGGGUUUGGAAAYGAGAAUGGUGAAUACUGGUUAGGAMUGGAUCGAAUCCACGCCAUGAYAUCAAAAGGAAAUUUCCGACUUCGUAUUGAUYURGAGGACUUCGAGGGAAACGCGCGAUACGCGGAGUACGACUCGUUUAGCGUGUCUGAUGAAGCUGAUAAGUAUCGUCUUUCGAUUGGGAAAUAUUCAG